GUCAUUGCAUCCAGAGGGGCCCAGAAGAGAAAGGAGGCAGUGCCUCCACUGCAGCAGCUGCACCCACGAUGCAGAGCAUAAAGUGUGUGGUGGUGGGUGAUGGAGCUGUGGGCAAGACAUGCCUGCUCAUCUGCUACACAACUAACGCCUUCCCCAAGGAAUACAUCCCCACAGUGUUCGACAAUUACAGCGCCCAGAGUGCAGUUGAUGGGCGCACAGUGAACCUGAACCUGUGGGACACAGCGGGCCAGGAGGAGUACGACCGCCUCCGCACACUCUCCUACCCUCAGACCAACGUCUUUGUCAUCUGUUUCUCCAUUGCCAGUCCACCCUCCUAUGAGAAUGUGCGGCACAAGUGGCAUCCGGAGGUGUGCCACCACUGCCCCGAUGUGCCCAUCCUCCUGGUGGGCACCAAGAAGGACCUGAGAGCCCAGCCUGACACCCUGCGACGCCUCAAGGAGCAGGGCCAGGCGCCCAUCACACCGCAGCAGGGCCAGGCACUGGCCAAGCAGAUCCAUGCUGUGCGCUACCUCGAGUGCUCAGCCCUGCAGCAGGACGGCGUCAAGGAAGUGUUUGCUGAGGCUGUCCGGGCUGUGCUCAACCCCACACCGAUCAAGCGUGGGCGGUCCUGUGUCCUCUUGUGACCCUGGCACUCAGCUUGGAGGCUGCCCCUGCCCCCCUACCAGUUGUGCCUUGGCGCCUUAUCUGCCCCUCAGCUGUGCCUUAAGGACUAAUUCUGGCACCCCUUGCCAGGGGGCUCCCUGAAUGCCUGUUUCUCCUUAAGGAGGCCCACAGGGAAAGGGGCUUUGGGUCCUGCCCCAAUGUGCUUGGAAAUACCAGGUAUUCUUGAGAGCUCACCCAGGCCAAGGUUGGACCCCUCCCCAAGAAGUCAACCCAGUGCCCCCUCCCCAUUUCCCCCUACUGACCAGUUGAUCCAGCUUUCCACACAGAUGUUGCUGCCUAUUUUGGUGCCUUCUCUCAGGUUAGGAGCUCUCAGCCAUCCCUAACCUCUCUCCCUUGCUGCUCUUCAAAUUGCUCCCCCUCAAGAUGCUCUCUCCCCCAAUGAAGGAGCCACAAAAUCCUGAGAAGAUGAAUGUGCCCUAACUUGCCCCCAUGUGCCCAGGCCUUAUGCAUUGCUGACUGACUCAGCCCACCCCACCCCCCGGGCUCCUACCCCCAUCAGCAUCAAUAAAACCUCCUGUCUCCAGUG